AUAUAUAUAUUUUUUUUUUAAGGAUGAAACAUUAGCAUAUUUAAUUUAAAUAGCUAGGAUAAGGUUCCGACUUUCUCUGUUCCAGUGCACCAUGGCCACUUGUUCUUACCUUCCCAGUCAAGCUCGAAUCAUAAGCAGAACACAGCCUCGGAUAUCCAAGCAAAGAAUUUCAUGUAUCAGUAUUAACAGAAAAAAUGGCAUGAGAUCAAGUCCACGCCGUCUGAUCACAAUAUCAACCGGAGAUGGGAAAUGGCAAGGAAAAUGGAGUUGUGACUACCUUCUUUCCCUCCAAGACCUGCAUUUGGAAGAUCUGUUGGAGGAUAAACAGCAAAAGAAUGCUCAAGUUUCUAUCAAUCUCUCCGUUCAAAAGCAUGCAAGCUUUGGCUUCACUGUUGAUGGAAGGAUCAUCACCUCCUUCACCAGAAAAUGCAGCAACUGCUCUUCUCCAUAUUGCCGGCAGAUAGAUACUAAUUUUAAUGUUUGGGUUCUUCCAUCAAGCCGAUUCAAUCGACAUCAACAUGAAGUUUGUUUACCAGAAAUUGGAGGAGAUGAUCCAUCAGUGAUUUAUGUGAAACCUGGAAAUGAAGCUGAUCUUGAUUCACUAGUACAAGACACAAUACGCCUUACAACCUCCAUAAAAGACACUUGCUCAGAAUUGUGUGAGAAAUCAACAUUUACAAUGAACUAUAUUGGUGGACCAAAAACCAGUGGUUCUAUUGAUGGGAGGUGGUCUAGACUCUUGAAGCUAAGGAAUACAAUUUCAUAACAAAAAUUUAUACUUAUUUGUGUGUGUGUAUAUAUAUAUAUAUAUAUAUAAAAUAUAUUAAUGUGAAUAUUAUUUUGUUAAGACAAUAUAUAAAAAAGUAAAAAGUUUUCUCUUAAUCAAAUGCAUUAUAUUUCUAUUACA